CACCCCUCCCCUCCACACUGGACCUCCUGUGUGUCCUUAGGGUCUCCAGCGCAGGACAGGGUGUGGAUGCAAAGAGGUCUACUGCUGCCAUCAUUCCAUAUCAUUGUUCCCCUAAUAAUCUGUCAUUAACACGUCUAUGGAUAGGUCCUCAAGAGACAGGUAGUCCUGGAGGGGCUGACCAAGACAGGGCAGCAUUAGGACCUAGGAGAGCCGUCUUCCAGUGCCCAGACUAAUCUCUCUGGGGUCCCCGCCCUCCACUAAAGCCAGGGAAGUCGAGGAAGGAAUAACAUUUAUCAGGACUCAGAGAGCUUCCACAGGUGUUAUCUGACUUGCUCACUAGGGCUCCAGGAGGUAGGAGUCCGCUCACCCUCCCACUGGACAGACGAGGAGACCGAAGGGUAAUGCAGUCCGGGGGUGGGCAGGACGCUGCCGCCAGGCGGGGAGCGUCGGGGUCGGAGCCCCACUCACAGCCCUUACACCUUACGUGGCGCCCUUCAGCCAAAGAGGGAGGGAAGCUGCUUCCCACCCCUCCCUCCCCUCCCUCUUCAGCUCAGAAUCCAGGGAAAAGUCCAUUCUGGCGGGGGAGGUUGACUAGACCUGCAGAGGGGAAGCAGCAGGCCUGGGGCGGACCCCACCGGGCGCCGGUCUAGGUGGUGAGCAGUGGGCCCCUCCAGUGUGUGCCACGGAGAGGAUGCAGGCAGUAACACCGCCUGGUCACUAGUGGGGCGAGGGCGGGGGUCCUUCCUCCUCCAUUGCGGGGAGGCCUGGGGACCUCAAGGUCCCUCUCUUCUCGGCUCGCACUGGGAUGGGGAGGAGUAGGAGGGCGGAGGCAGAGGCCGCUGUGGGCGGUGGGUCUCCGAAGAAAUCUGCCGAUGGGGGAGGAACCCGGUUUAGGCUUGAUCCCGGCCCUCCUUCCCCAGCUCCUACCCCAGGAUCGCCCUCGUUUCUUCUUAUUGCACAAUGCUGAGAGGGAGCUGGCCAAGCUGGGGAAGGGGGCAGAGGCUGGGGAGCCAGAGCUCCUGCGGCCUGGGAAGCAUCCAGCAGCUGUCUGGAGCACCCCCACCCCGCGCCCCGUGCGAGUCCCAACCCGAGUCACGGCGCGUCCACGGAGCAGCCCCCCCCCACCCCCAUCGCGGCAACCCCUCUCAUCUAGGAGACGCUCCCUCUUCGCCUUCACUACUCUCCCAGAGCCCAAGGCCUGGAGGAGCUUCGGUCCCCAGAAACCGAAGACCCGAGGCCCGAAGGCUCGGGCAAGCAGCCCCCUGGGUCCCAGCGCCCUCCUCCCAGCUCUUCCAACGGGACCGCGCCCCGCCCCCGGGCCGGCCGGGCGGCGCGCAGAGGAGGGGAGAGGAGGGGAGGGGAGGGGAGGGCAGGAAUGCGCCGCGCAGGAGGCGGGCGCGGGACAUGUGAGGGCACAUCCCGGGAGCAGCCGCCCAGCGCGCAGACGGCCCGGGGAGCGAGCGAGCGAGCGGGCUAGCGGGCGGCCGGGCGAGCGGGCCCGGGGCAGGCGCGGCGCGGAGGAGCGGCGGGGGCCGGAGCCGGGCGCGCCGGCCAGGCGGCGGGGGCCCGGGGCGCGCGGGCGGGCGCCGGGGGCCGCAGGGGCCAUGACGGCGGUGCUCCGGGAGGGCGUGCUGGAGAAGCGCAGCGGCGGGCUGCUGCAGCAGUGGAAACGCAAGCGCUGCGUGCUCACCGAGCGCGGACUGCAGCUCUUCGAGGCCAAGGGCGCGGGCGGCCGGCCCAAGGAGCUCAGCUUCGCCCGCAUCAAGGCCGUGGAGUGCGUGGAGAGCACCGGGCGCCACAUCUACUUCACGCUGGUGACCGAGGGCGGCGGCGAGAUCGACUUCCGCUGCCCGCUCGAGGACCCCGGCUGGAACGCUCAGAUCACCCUGGGUCUGGUCAAGUUCAAGAACCAGCAGGCCAUCCAGACGGUGCGGGCCCGGCAGAGCCUCGGGGCCGGGACCCUCGUGUCCUGAACCGCGGGCCUGCGUCUUAGCUUCACGCUGCCGGUGGACGCGGUGCUCGGAGGCCGAGUCGGCUCAUGGAGCAACACUGCUGCAUUUGGCACAAGCAAUAGACACGCGGAGGAGGCGUUGGAGCUGGAGCAGUGGCCAGGCCGCGGAGGAGCCACUCCGGCUGAGGAUGAAGAUUCAGCCCCUGGGCACUCAGACUCUCAGGACACACAGCCUCUGGGCCUUCUGACUGCAGGCCUGGCCUCCGAUACUGUGAUGGAGAGCGGGCCUCCGAGCCCCUCCCACCAUGGCCCGGCCGGCCGUCUGCUUCACAGACUGCUGUUACCCCCCUACACACACCCAGAGGUGCCAGGCCUGCGGGAAGGCCGGCCCCUGGGGGCGGGGCACUGAGCCAGCGCCUCAGGACUCAGGAGGCCAGCCUGGCGCCCGGAGGAGGCACCACCCAGGCUCGCCUCUGGAUUGUCUUUGCGGGGGUCGCUGAUGGGGUCACACUUGGGGAUCGUCUGCUGCUUGGGUCCUUCUGGGACCCCCACCCAUCCAGGCCUCUCUUUGCACACUUCCUCCCCUCCUCCCCUCUCCCGCCCAUCUCCCUACCCACCCCACUUCGGUACUAGGCCUGGAGGGGGUGGGGUGCGGGUGCGGGGCCACCAUUGCCAUUUCACACCUGUCCCAAAAUGCAGGUGCCCUGCAAAGGGCAGGGACCACA